AUGGCGGAUUCCGAGCACGAAGCCGUGGAGCGGACGUCCCAGGCAGACACCAACGCAGACGCUCCUGAGAUUAUAUCUCCCCAGCCGCUCAGGGCUGAUAAGCCUGACCUGUCGGUUGAAGCUGGAUGGAACGGAGUCGGCGUGACCGAAGCUGCGGAUUCGCAAGAGUCUCAAACGGUCCAGCUCAACGGAGUCGCCGCCCCUGCCGAGGAGGAAGAAGACGAGGAAGAAGAAGAAUCUGGCGAGCCUGCUCCGGAAGCGACUAAAGACCACAAAAAUGAAAAUGAAGACAAUGAGACCCACGAGGAACCCCAAGCGACACCCGAACCUGCUCCGGAGUCGAGGCCUCGCUCGGACUCGCGAUCCACGGUUGCAACACAGGCAAUGCACCGCUCAACGCCGGUCAGUUCGACCGUAUUUGUCGUCACAGCAUUGGAAACAAUUGCAGCGUCCAAGGAUGCCAGACGCAGCAAAGAGCUGGAGGAUGCCGUCCAAAAGGCCUUGGUAAACAUCAAGCAGUCCGAUACCCGACCUCCUGAUCCGGAGACUAUCUUCCUUCCCCUGCAGCUGGCCACAAAAACAUUCAGCAUUCCCCUCCAGGUGACGGCACUCGACUGUAUCGGAAAAUUGAUCACGUACUCGUACUUUGCCUUCCCCUCCAGUCGCGACAACCAAGACGAUGCAGCCGGUAAAGAACUUCCAUUGAUUGAGCGCGCCAUUGAGACAAUUUGCGAUUGCUUCGAGAAUGAAGCCACCCCCGUUGAAAUUCAACAGCAGAUCAUCAAAUCCCUCCUGGCAGCCGUGCUCAACGAUAAAAUCGUCGUCCACGGCGCCGGUCUUUUGAAGGCUGUGCGACAAAUCUACAAUAUCUUCAUAUACUCAAAAUCGACUCAGAAUCAGCAAAUUGCACAGGGCUCGCUGACACAAAUGUUGGGAACUGUUUUUGAUAGGGUUCGCAUGAGACUGGAUCUAAAAGAGGCCCGCACGCGAGAGCCAAGCGAACACCAAGAGUCGCCCGCAGAUACAGAAACUGGGGACGCUGUGGAUGGAAGCCAAUUAUCAGAAGCAGCGGACUCUGUGCAAUCUAUUUCCGACCAGCCUGUUAAGAAGGAACCUACAGAGAAGCUUACGUUGCAGAGCUUUGAAUCCAGCAAAGACGACACGAUGGUGACGGACAAUGCACCAACCAUGGUAACUCGCGCAAAACCAACUCAUCGGCCAACUCGAUCUAUUUCCGGCAAUACGGAUGACAGAGAAGAUGUAGAUGGUUCAGAGGACGAAGUCGAUGAGAUAUACGUCAAAGACGCCUUUUUAGUCUUCCGGGCUAUGUGCAAAUUGAGCCACAAGACUCUGACACAUGAUCAGCAGCAGGAUAUCAAGUCGCAGAACAUGCGAUCAAAGCUAUUGUCACUCCACUUGAUCCAUUACCUGGUCAACAACCACAUUACUGUGUUGACUUCACCCUUGGCGACUAUCCGAAACAGCAAUAGCUCUUCUGACUCUACAACUCUCCUACAUGCUAUUCGACCUCACCUUUGUCUUAGUCUUAGCCGCAACGGCUCCAGCUCCGUUCCUAAGAUUUUUGAAGUUUGCUGCGAGAUUUUCUGGCUCAUGCUCAAAUUUAUGAGAGUGAUGCUCAAGAAAGAACUAGAGGUAUUUUUAAAGGAAAUUUACCUUGCAAUUCUCGAAAGAAAGAGCUCUCCUACAUUCCAGAAGCAAUAUUUCUUGGAAAUUCUUGAAAGAUUAGCAGCUGAUCCGCGAGUGUUGGUUGAAUUAUACUUGAAUUAUGACUGCGACAGUGCUGCUUUAGAGAACAUUUUCCAAGGGCUUAUUGAACAACUAUCUCGUUUCCUAAUUAUGCCCACACUGGCCAUUUCCCAGCAGCCACAGCAUCAGGAAACCCGCUCAAAGUCUACAUCCAGUACAGAAUGGCAUCAUCGCGGCACUCUCCCUCCCAACUUGACUACUGCAAGUCUGGGUAGCAGCCCAGCUCCAGGACUGCAGAGCACCGCCCCAGAGCUGACCAUCAAGCAACAAGCUUUAGAGUGUUUGGUCGGUAUCCUACACUCUCUAGACAAUUGGUCGUCCCAGCGCUUGCCCAGUUCGGAUGCUACCAUUCGAGAAGAAAUAGUACGCAAAUCUGUCGAAAACUACAGAGAAUCUUUGGAUACUCCAUCCAUCCCAGCAGCUCUUCCGUCACCGCUUAUUGAGAGUGCUGGCACUGCUACUGGCCGUACCACACCAGCGCUGGAAGAUGAUCCAAAUGAGAUCGAGAGAGUUAGGCAGCGUAAGAUGGCCCACGCCCAUGCCAUCCAGCAAUUCAAUUUUAAGCCAAAGCGAGGAGUCAAACUUCUUCUCAAGGAAGGUUUUAUUCCGUCCGACUCACCGAAGGAUAUUGCCAAGUUCUUGCUCCGUAAUGAUCGCUUGGACAAGGCAAUGAUCGGAGAAUACCUUGGCGAAGGAGAGCCAGAAAACGUCGCCAUUAUGCACGCCUUUGUCGAUUCCAUGGAGUUUGCCAAGCGUCGUUUUGUAGACGCCCUGCGAGAGUUUUUGCAAAGCUUUCGACUCCCUGGUGAAGCCCAGAAGAUUGAUCGUUUCAUGCUCAAGUUUGCAGAGCGAUAUCUAGCUGGAAACCCAAAUAGUUUCGCCAAUGCGGACACAGCUUACGUUCUUGCUUACUCUGUCAUUAUGCUGAAUACCGACCAGCAUAGCAGCAAACUAAAAGGCCCUCGCAUGACCAAGGAAGAUUUCAUCAAAAACAACAGAGGCAUCAACGAUAACCAAGAUCUGCCGGACGAAUAUCUUAUCUCCAUCUUUGACGAAAUCGCCAAGAAUGAGAUUGUGCUUGAUUCUGAAAGAGAACAUGCUGCCAACCACGGAAUGGCUACUGCUGCCCCAGCUGGCUUUGCCACAAGGGCAGGCCAAGUUCUCGCUACGGUCGGCAGAGAUAUUCAAGGAGAGAAAUAUGCUCAAGCCUCUGAGGAAAUGGCCAACAAAACCGAACAGCUCUACCGAAGCCUUAUCAGGGCACAGCGCAGGACAGCUGUGAGAGAUGAGCUUUCACGCUUUAUCCUCGCUAGUUCGGUACGCCAUGUUGGGCCCAUGUUUAAUGUCACUUGGAUGUCUUUUCUUUCUGGUUUGUCUGCUCCACUGCAGGAAACUCAAAGCAUUGAAAAGGUCAAGCUUUGUAUGGAGGGUAUCAGAUUAGCGAUCCGCAUCUCCUGUUCUUUUGACCUAGAAACUCCACGCGUUGCAUUUGUGACUGCAUUGGCAAAAUUCACAAACCUCGGCAAUCUUCGAGAAAUGGCUGGCAAGAAUAUGGAAGCAUUGAAGGUUCUUUUGGAGGUUGCUGUCUCUGAAGGCAACCAUCUGCGAGAGUCCUGGAGGGAAAUCCUCACUUGCGUUAGCCAACUAGAUCGAUUCCAGUUACUAAGUGACGGAGUUGAUGAAGGAUCCGUGCCAGAUGUCUCGAGGGCUAGGAUUAUACCACCAUCUUCGAGCGACGGCUCCAAGAAGUCCAUGCAGGCUACUCGGCGGCCACGUCAACGAUCGACCGCUAGCUCCUUGUCUUUCAGACCCGAGGUUGCUUUGGAAAGUCGAUCAGCGGAAAUUGUACAUGCAGUUGAUCGCAUUUUCAGUAACACCGCAAACCUUUCGCAUGAAGCCAUUGUAGAUUUUGUCCGAGCUCUAAGUGAAGUGAGUUUACAAGAGAUUCAAUCGUCCGGACAGAGCGAGUCGCCACGUACAUACAGUCUUCAGAAGGUGGUGGAAAUCAGUUACUACAACAUGACUCGAGUAAGAAUCGAGUGGUCCAAGAUCUGGGAAAUCCUCGGGCAACACUUUAACCAAGUGGGCUGCCAGUCCAACACUAAUGUGGUUUACUUCGCCCUUGACUCGCUCCGCCAACUGUCUAUGCGGUUCAUGGAGUUUGAAGAACUUCCUGGUUUCAAGUUCCAGAAAGAUUUCCUGAAGCCUUUUGAGCACAUCAUGGCCAAUAGCAACACAGUUACGGUAAAGGACAUGGUUCUACGAUGCCUUAUUCAAAUGAUCCAAGCUCGCGGUCAUAAUAUACGAUCAGGUUGGAAGACGAUGUUUGGCGUCUUUACUGUUGCUGCUCGAGAGCCUUAUGAAGGAAUUGUCAAUAUGGCAUUUGAGCAUGUCUCUCAGAUUUACAACACGCGCUUUGGAGUCGUGAUAAGUCAAGGGGCCUUUGCAGACUUGAUCGUCUGUCUCACGGAAUUUUCCAAGAACACCAAAUUCCAGAAAAAGUCUCUGCAGGCUAUCGAGACCUUAAAAUCAUCGGUCCCGAAGAUGUUGAAGACUCCGGAGUGCCCUCUUUCCCACAAGCACAGUGCGGAUAUGCCUGCGGAAGAAAUUGGAGCAAACCUAGCUCAUCAAUUGAACCGACAGACUAAAGAGGAACAGUUUUGGUAUCCAGUCUUGAUUGCUUUCCAGGAUGUGUUGAUGACGGGCGAUGAUCUUGAGGUCCGAUCAAGGGCACUCAACUAUUUGUUUGAUAUACUUGUUCGAUAUGGCGGCGAUUUUCCAUCUGACUUCUGGGACGUGCUUUGGCGGCAAUUGCUAUACCCAAUCUUUGUCGUUCUUCAAUCCAAGUCAGAAAUGUCAAAGGUGCCCAACCACGAAGAGCUUUCUGUCUGGCUAUCAACGACGAUGAUCCAAGCUCUGCGAAAUAUGAUCACCCUUUUCACGCAUUACUUCGACUCAUUACAUCACAUGCUUGACCGCUUCCUGGGGCUGUUGACACUCUGCAUUUGCCAAGAAAAUGACACGAUCGCACGCAUUGGAAGCAACUGCUUGCAACAGUUGAUUCUGCAGAACGUGACCAAGUUUUCCGACGACCACUGGAGCAGGAUUGUCGGUGCAUUUGUCGAGUUGUUCGACAAAACCACCGCAUACGAGUUGUUCACAGCUGCCGCACCCUUGGCUACUCCAAAGACCCUAGAGGCAAAAACCAACGGUGACUCUACCACUAAUGAUGCUGCAUCGGGCCAUUCUGUUGAAAGUGCGACCGAAAACGAUCGGUCGUCUACAACGAAUGGAACUUCAGACCAUGCGACAGAGAAUGGCGAUGCAGGAGAAACCCUGGCUCAGGCCGAGUCGCUGCAAGGCUCUACUCCCACUGCCGAACUCGAAGACUACCGUCCGCAAACAGCUGACGUGCAGCAACAGCCAGCAGCUGUGACCGUGGCCCGACGGCGGUUCUUCAACCGUAUCAUUACGAACUGUGUCCUUCAAUUGCUAAUGAUCGAAACGGUCAACGAGCUCUUCUCGAACGACAAUGUCUAUUCACAAAUCCCCAGCCCCGAGCUCCUGCGCUUGAUGAGCUUGUUGAAGAAGAGCUAUCAAUUCGCAAAGAAAUUCAACGAGGACAAGGACCUGCGAAUGCAGCUCUGGCGUCAGGGAUUCAUGAAGCAGCCGCCGAACUUGUUGAAACAGGAGAGUGGCAGUGCUGCUACAUACAUCAACAUUCUCUUCCGCAUGUAUCACGACGAACGAGAAGAGAGAAGAAGCAGCCGGGCUGAAACCGAGGCUGCGCUUGUUCCAUUAUGCGCAGAUAUCAUUCGCAGCUACGGGCGUCUCGACGAAGAAACUCAGCAACGGAAUAUCGUUGCAUGGAGACCUGUGGUUGUUGAUGUGAUGGAGGGGUACACAAAUUUCCCCAAGGACAGCUUCUCUCAACACAUCGCCACUUUCUUCCCCCUAGGUAUCGACUUGCUGGGUCGCGAGCUCAACCCCGAGGUCCGACACGCCCUUCAGUCCUUGCUUCGACGAGUUGGAGAAGUCAAGCUAGGUGUGACACCUGAGACUCAACUUCAUACUACAAACAAUAAAUAG